AUGCGGAGAGCCAGGGGACCCUCUGGCGAGGCAGGAAACAAGGCGGGGAAAGGGGUGUGCAUGAAUAGGUGGGGGUCGAGUGGUAAUCGGAGAUCAGGACUAUCUGGAACGUCGCAGCGGGAUUUUUCGCUUCGACUUUCGUUGUCGGAUCUUCACAGUUGUUCCUCUACCGCGUCUUCGGGCGGCCCUCCCUCUUCGAGCUGCAAGAGAGAGGACGCAGAAAAGACAAGAAGCUCGAUAGAGACAUGGAAUUAUCUAACGAUUUAUGAGCAGCUCGACCAAUGGGCAGAGCUUGAUUCGUCGCACCGGCACACAGGUUCUUUCGUCGCCGGGGCAUCUCGAGCUCUCACGUGUCUUGUGCCUGCUCUUCCUCCAGAGUGUUCACAACUGCCGAGCUCGCGUCGAUGGCUGCUCUCGCUAACUCGCACGCCUUGUCUGAAAAAGUUUUCCGCAGAGAAAAAAAACACCCGCCCACUGUGGGGAGAAACUCCUUCACGCGUGUCCACAGCAGUCACAGGAACGCAGACUUGUUUGUUUGUGUUUCCGUUUGUCUGGAUGUGGCGAGAGAGAUUGACAUGCACACACACGUGA